GAGGGGGGCGGUGCCUGGCGCCCGCUUCCCGCCCCCAAGCGGAGCCGGUGCGGAGGGGAGCCGGUACGGAGCGAAGCCUAGGCGGCUGAGUGCCCGCCGCGCUCCCGCCAUGGCCCGGAACACACUCUCCUCACGCUUCCGCCGGGUGGAUAUCGACGAAUUUGACGAGAACAAAUUCGUAGACGAGCACGAAGAGGCGGCGGCGGCGGCGGGCGAGCCAGGCCCCGACCCCUGCGAGGUAGACGGGCUCCUGCGGCAAGGGGACAUGCUUCGGGCGUUCCAUGCAGCCUUGCGGAACUCACCAAUCAACACCAAGAAUCAAGCUGUGAAGGAACGAGCCCAGGGUAUAGUCCUGAAAGUACUCACAAACUUUAAGAGCAGCGAAAUUGAGCAGGCUGUGCAGUCACUGGACAGAAAUGGCAUUGAUUUGCUAAUGAAGUACAUUUAUAAAGGGUUUGAGAAGCCCACAGAAAAUAGCAGUGCAGUGUUACUCCAGUGGCAUGAAAAGGCCUUAGCUGUAGGAGGACUAGGCUCCAUUAUAAGAGUUCUUACAGCAAGAAAGACUGUUUAAAAAAAAAAAAAAUCCUGUUACCUUGAGAAGAAUUUUGGAUGCCCAGGCUGGUGAAGAAGGGACUGACAAUGGACCAUCUUCCUAGAACUCCCAACUAAAUACUUCAGGACACAUCUGCUGGAAUGUAUUUUACUUUUGAGGUGGAGGGAGAAAUUGUCUUAUUGAUUCCUAAAUUCUUUGCAGGAUCAGAAUGUCUGCCUUUGCCUACAGUUAACAGAACCAACACUUGACUGUCAGGCUGACUGGCCAGAUUAUGUCAGGUGUGCCUGUGAGCACUGUCUGUUUGAAAUGGGGAGGGACUGUUUGGGCAGGUGCAGAUCACAGGCUGUGGUGAAAAGGAGAGCUUGGGUUCUGAAGUGGAAAAACCUGAGAGUUUGUACAGACAUCUGUCUUCUCAGGGAAGACAGGCUCUCUUGGGUUCAUUGUAAAGUGCCUGCUGCAUCAAUAAAGCUCUUGGCUUAUUAGUCUAUUCAUUUCGGUGUGUUCUCUGUACGUUAAAUGGGAAAAGAAAGGGAUAGUAAUGGAUGAUGAUAGUUGGGUUUGGAAAGCUGAUGGAGAAGGGGUACAGGUGUCCCUGUCCUGCCAUCCCUGGGGGAGGGGGAGAGCAAGCAGGGCGAUGCCACAGAUGUGCCAUACUUCAACUGCAGUGGUGCUGGAUGCUACCGAGAGACCUUUUGCUGAGUGUUUAUUUUUCUUACUCUUUUGAUUUGUAUGUAAUUUUGGAGCUUAUUUAAUAAAGUGCCAAACCUUUAAUGA